AUGCACUUCCAGUCCCGAAGCGAGUGCAGCGAAGUCAGAAGUGACACGGCGCGACCAAAGACAGACGCGUCUUUGGCUGUGGUGACAAGCUGCACCUGCCGAAUUUUGCUGGCGCCAAAAUUGUCUGCAGACAAUGCAAUCGCCGGGCUACAAAGUGCUGCAUCGCAACGCGUGGUCCUUUGCCAGCUCUGCGUGAGCUUGCUGGUUUGCCCCCGUCUCGAGUGCUCAAAGCAAGAUGCCGAAUUUGCUCAUGCCGCUGUUGGAGCUGAGACGCAAAAAAAAAAACACCGCUCGCGCCACGCGGUCCAUCACGACAGUCCACGUCUGCAGCCCAAGCGUCCUUCGCUAGAGACUAUCGACAACACGCUAGCGUCGCGGCGAUAUUGUAUGGCGAUCGAUCCCGAAAUGCCUUGCUCUUUGGAUCGGAAGCAAUGGGCGUGUUUACGAAAGCACACCUACAAUGUCAGCGGUAUACAGUCGCGAGAAAUCCGGUGCCAAGCCUUUCUUAUUGUUUGGCUCCGACGUAACUCGCCGACGGCUUGGAUGUCGAUCAAGAACAACCGAGGCUCACCUCGCCUGCGAACCAUGGCCACGUCGAGGUGGCGCGUUGCGACGGGAGCGGCGGUUGAAAUCGCGCAUGUGCAAGCUUCAGACUCGGACCUUCCGUUGGGAAGCUAA